CGCGUCCUCCGCCCCGAGGGGGAGGGGCGGCGAGGCGAGAAAAAAAGUAGCGAGCGGCGCCGGGGCGGGAGGCGCCAGCAGCGGGCAGCGCCGCGGAGCCGGGGCGCGGGCGGGGGACGGCGGGCGGCCCCGAGCGGCCUCCGAUGAGACGCGGCGUGAAGAGGCGGCGGCGCCGGCCCCGGGCCGCCUGGGGCGGCGGCUACGGAGCGGAAGGAGGGGCCGCCGGGCUGGAGGCGCUGGAGGAGAAGGUGGUGUACUCGCGAUCGCAACUGUCGCUGGCCGGCAGCACGGAGGCGCUGGGCGACGCCUUCAAGCUCUUCAUGCCCAGCAGCACGGAGUUCAUGAGCUCGGAAGCGGAGCUCUGGAGCUUCCUCUGCAGCCUCAAGCAUCAGUUCUCCCCGCACAUCCUGCGCAGCAAGGACGUCUACGGCUACUCCUCGUGCCGGGCGCUCGUGCCCGACCCCCCGGCGCCCGCCGGCCGCCCCGCGCGCCGCCCGCGCCCGCGCGCCGCGCCCAGGAGGAGGCGCCGCGGAGCUCGGGUCGCCGCGGGCAGCCUGAGCUCGCACCCCGCCGCCGUCUCCGACACCGCCGCCGCCGCCGAUCCCGGGCCGCCCGCGUCCUGCUUCGGGGGCCGCACCCUGGAGGAGAUCUGGAGGGCGGCCACCCCGACGUUGACGAGCUUCCCGACCAUCCGCGUUGGCGACGACGUGUGGGGCGAGCGCAGCCUGGCGGUGGCGCGGCGCAGGGCGCGCCAAGUGCUCCGAGUGGACCUGGAGCCCGUGGUGAGGCUGCGCCGGUUCCCGGUGCCCCGGGCGUGACGCGCGCCGUGGCGCCUCCUGCCGGCCGCCGCCCGAGCGAACGAGCGAGCGACCGAGCGACCGAGCGAACUUUGGCGCUGGAACGGACUCUUGUCAGUCGUAUGUUUACAGAACCGGCCCCCUUGGUGCACUUUA